CACAGGACCCAGCCCUUCAAGGGAUUUUCGUUACGCUCUUGAGAUGCGCACUCCGCAGUUUAUCAUUAUUUAAUUGUAUUAAGUGCAUAAACACCUCUUAGAUUUUCAAGCUUCCGCAGCCAAUGCCUCGACCCAGGUGUCCUGUUUUGAAUAAUGAUAAUGCUGACGAUAAAGCUUUCGCUUUAACCACUAACAAAUAUCUUAUCGUUUCCAAUUCAAUGGAGUUUAGAUAACACCACACUGAGUCAUGGGAAUGUUCGAGACAAAGUCGCAACUGCGGAAAAUGACAAGGUCAAUGAUGCCUCUGAAAUUCUUCGGGAUUGUUCUCCUCAUCAUCGGUAACUUUGCUUCACCCUCCAUUUGCAAAGAUAUGUUAUUUGUCGCCGAGGGAAUAAACUCUGAGAUUCUUAUGGCAGAGGCAAUCGACUAUAGCUUCGAAAAUUCGUCCUUUGUCAAAAUUCCGUUGAAUGGCCUUGCACUCCCUGUUGGUGUUGAAUAUGAUCCGAGAAGUGAAAUGAUCUACUGGACUGACGCUAUGUUGCACACCGUUAAUAGAGCCGAGCUAGAUGGAUCAAACCAGGAAGUCAUCGUGCAGUUACAGGCCUCAUCUGAUGGCACUGAGUAUCCCUACGGAAUAGCUCUGAAUCCUGACGACAACAAAUUGUACUGGACAGAUCAGCAUCGUGAUGUUAUAGAGAUUUCAAACCUUGAUGGCACUGAUAGAACGGAUCUUCUUACAACACACACCGGAAAAAUGGCCGAUCCCUACGGAAUAGCUCUGAAUCCUGACGACAACAAAUUGUACUGGACAGAUCAGCAUCGUGAUGUUAUAGAGAUUUCAAACCUUGAUGGCACUGAUAGAACGGAUCUUCUUACAACAGGUUAUAAUGGCCAUCCUAAUGCAAUCGAGUAUUCGUCUAUUCGCAGGAAGAUAUUUUGGACUGACAAAGGACAGGAAAAGAAGAUUGAAAUGGCUAAUCCUGACGGGACAGAACGUAUAACCCUAAUUCUUGGUAAUGUAACUAAUGACGUAAAGGACCCUACUGCUCUUUGCAUCGAUGCAAUCGGACAAAAUCUCUACUGGACCGAUGGAACUGUAAACAAAUUCAACGUUCUGAACCUGGAAAAUAUGCAACACAAUUCUUUUUUUGUAACAAAUUCACAACAAGUGGUCGACAUUCAACCUUUUGGGAUUGCGAAGUACUUCGAAGACAUUUAUUUUUCUGAUAUCAUUCACGAUGGAGUCUACAGAAUUGACACUACAAGUAAUCUCAUCACUCUUAUACACACAAACCUACCCGGCCCCCUAGAGAUUCACAUAUCUGCAGAUACAUCUUGCUCCGAUCGUCACUUUUGCGCGCCAACCGGCGUAUGUGUUUUUGUAUCUCGUGAUGGGAAUCAUAAAUUUGUGUGCAUUUGUGAUCCAGGAUACACCGGAGUUCACUGUGAUUUGAAUAUUAAUGAAUGUUCAUCACACCCGUGCAUGAAUGGAGGAACCUGUAUCAAUGGCCUCAACACUUUUACGUGCAAUUGUGUUCCAGGAUAUACUGGGAGCAUUUGCUCAUCUGAGAUAACUUGUCCCAUCCCUUCCCUUCCGUCCACUCACGUGGUUCUACCCCAAGACAUCUACAGACACGGUGAUUUAGUGAUUAUGCAGUGCGACGAGAGUGACGCGUAUGUAGUAUUGCAAUGUAAUGUGGUAUUUGGGAAUUGGACACAGUCGGAUGUCCUUGAUUGUGCAUCAGAGAAAACUUGUCCCAUCCCUUCCCUUCCGUCCACUCACGUGGUUCUACCCCAAGACAUCUACAGACACGGUGAUUUAGUGAUUAUGCAGUGCGACGAGAGUGACGCGUAUGUAGUAUUGCAAUGUAAUGUGGUAUUUGGGAAUUGGACACAGCCGGAUGUCCUUGAUUGUGCAUCAGGUGGUGGUCCUUCCGAUGCUACUAGAGCCGCCAUUGCCAUGGGAGUAAUACUGGGAAUACUGAUCUUUUUGGCAGUUGGCUACCUAAGUUGCAAAUUCAUCAAAGAUAAACCUCCUCAAGAGCAACAAAGAUGCCAUAUUGACAUGAUUGAGGAUGCACACCCACCUCAGCAACCCAACAUUGUUAAUGAAGGCUACGUAGGAGAUCCAGGAGAAGGUGAGAAUGAAUCCAAUUGGUCAGAUUAUACUGAAUUCAGUGAAGAAGCAUUUCGAACACGCCAAAGUAAAAGUAAUUGCUGUCUAUCUUUGUCUAUCUGCUAAAUGGUGUCAAGCGAAAUCACGUGAGUAGCUCCCUCCCCCCUUCGUCUCCCCUUUCCAUAAAAGAAAAUGUUAACAG